ACUCGACAGCCGAAGGGGCGGGACCGGGUCUGGGAUUGGCUGUUGUUGGCCGACCCCUUUCACUGCUGUCCAGUUCCUCUCGCGGGCAGGCGCCUGCGCAAUGGGACGGUCGUGGGGGGCGGGAAGCGCUUAGGGGCAGUAGAGCCCCAUGUCGGCCUUGAGGCGCUCGGGCUACGGCCCCAGUGACGGCCCGUCAUAUGGCCGCUACUACGGGCCAGGGGGUGGAGAUGUGCCCAUGCACCCACCUCCGCCCUUGUAUCCUCCUCGCCCUGAACCUCCCCAGCCUCCCAUUUCCUGGCGGGUACGCGGGGGCGGCCCGGCUGAGACCACCUGGCCGGGAGAAGGCGGAGGAGGCGAUGGCUACUAUGCCUCUGCAGGCGCCUGGUCAGAGACAGGUCGAGCUGGAGGAAGCCACCAGGACCAGCCACCAUAUCCUAGCUACAAUUCUAACUAUUGGAAUUCUGCACGACCUAGGGCUCCAUACCCAAGUACAUAUCCUGUAAGACCGGAAAUGCAAGGCCAGAGUUUGAAUUCUUAUACAAAUGGAGCAUAUGGUCCACCAUACCCUCCUGGCCCUGGGGCGAAUACUGCAUCCUACUCUGGGGCUUAUUACACACCUGGAUAUACUCAGACCAGUUACUCCCCAGAGGUUCCAAGCACUUACCGUUCACCUGGCAACAGCCCAGCCCCAGUCUCUCGUUGGCUGUAUCCUCAGCAGGACUGCCAGACUGAAGCACCCUCUCUUCGGGGGCAGGUUCCAGGAUAUCCUGCUUCACAGAACCCUGGAAUGACCCUGCCCCAUUAUCCUUAUGGGGAUGGUAAUCGUAGUGUUCCACAACCAGGACCAACUGUACGACAACAGGAGGACUCAUGGGCUUCUCCUGGUGCUUAUGGAAUGGGAACCCGUUACCCCUGGCCUUCAGCUGCGCCCUCAGCACCACCUGGGAAUCUCUACAUGAGUGAGAGUACUUCAUCAUGGCCCAGCAGCAACUCUCCUCAGUCCCCUCACUCACCACCACCCCAGCAGCCCAAGGACUCCUCCUACACCUAUAGCCAAUCAGAUCAAGGCAUGAACCGGCACAACUUUCCUUGCAAUGUCCAUCAGUACGAGUCCUCGGGAACAAUGAACAAUGAUAAUUCAGAUCUUUUGGAUUCCCAAGUCCAGUACAGUGCUGAGCCUCAGCUUUAUGGUAAUGCCACCAAUGAACACCCCAGCAAUCAAGAUCAAAGUGAUAAUCUUCCUGAAGAGUGUCUAUCUUCAGAUGAAGGUACUCCCCCAAGUAUUAAAAAAAUCAUACAUGUGCUGGAGAAGGUCCAGUAUCUUGAGCAAGAAGUAGAAGAAUUCGUAGGAAAAAAGACAGACAAAGCAUACUGGCUUCUGGAAGAAAUGCUAACUAAGGAACUUUUGGAACUGGAUUCAGUUGAGACUGGGGGCCAGGACUCUGUCCGGCAGGCCAGGAAAGAGGCUGUUUGUAAAAUCCAGGCCAUACUGGAAAAAUUGGAAAAAAAAGGAUUAUGAAGGACUUAGAACAAAGGGGAAGCCUGUUACUAACUUGACCAAAGAACUCUUGAUUUUGGUUAAUUAACCCUCUUUUUGAAAUGCUUGUUGGUGACAAGAAGCAAUACAUUCCAACUUUCCUUUGAUUAAAACUUGAAAAACUGGUAAAGGACUUGAAAGAACAUUUUAGUUAUGAGUUGUUUUCAGUUUUCAGACCAAUGAAUGUAAUAGGAAACUGUGGAGUUACCAUUAUUGCCAAGUAGACUCACUCCUUAAGAAAUUUGUGGAUAUCUACAAGCUGCUUCUUAUCAGCAGGAGGGAAACAUGCUUUAUGUAACAGGCUUAUCAAAAACCUACCAGAUGAGACUGGAUAUAAUCUGAGGCAAACAGGCUCUGUUUUUUAAAACAUCUGGAUUACUUGUCACAUUUUUGUACAUUGUGACUGCUUUCAACAUACACUUCAUGUGUAAAUUACAGCUUGGACUUUAGCCUUCUUGGACCUCUGUUUUGUUUUGUUAUUUGCAGUUCAUAAAUAUAGUAUUAUUCUCUA